UUGAUGUUUACCUUCAAACGUGUGGAAGCCGAACGGAGCGCUCUGAUUUGUCCCGGCAUAGUGAAAGCAGUUUGACGUAAUUUACAGUCGCCAAUGGGGAAGCGGUAUGCCCUCGGCUCUCGACCAAUGAGAAGGCGCUCCUGAGAGGCUGUCACUCUCAGGUAACGCACAACACACAUAAAAAAAGAAAAAGUUGUUUGAAAAGGGACGGAGCUCCGAGGGCGGCUGCGCUGAUGGCUCAGCUAUGCCGAGGGGCAGCAUCGCGCCCGCGGAUUUAGCAGCGACUUGUUCCCGCGGGGAUGCGAGCGAGAAAGCGCCACUCCAGCGAAGCUCCAAGUUGAGCCAGGGUGCUGGCGCUCACCAAACCCGGACGAUCUGAGCCGAGCCCGCUUUCCAACGUCCCCCCCGCCCGGCCCCAUCUCAAAAAUGGCCGUCCGCGGCAACUCGCUCGUGCCCUUCUCCAUCCAGGCCAUCCUGAACAAGAAGGAAGACGGCCGACACUUGCCCGAGUUGGACGUGUGCUUCUCCAAGACGACGUGCUGGAACAUCUUCGGGGACGUCCGCCCGGCCUCCGGGGAGCCGCCCGAGAAGAGCUACGACUCGGACUCCGGGCUCAGCGACGACAACGACGCCAAGGCGGCGACCAAGGGACCGGAGAAAGGCGGCGGCGAGACCGCGUCGGACGUGCCGGACGAGAGCCCGCACGAGGAGACCGAUCCAGAGUCGGCGACCGUGGACAACGCCAAGAGCGACGUUGAGCUCCAAAACGCGGCGGACGGCGGCUGCAGAGCGGACGAGAAGAGCGCCGAGCAGCCCAAGCAGAGGAAGAAGCGCUCCCGGGCGGCCUUCUCCCACGCGCAGGUCUUCGAGCUGGAGCGCCGCUUCAACCACCAGCGGUACCUCUCUGGGCCCGAGCGCGCCGACCUGGCCGCCUCCCUCAAGUUGACAGAGACUCAGGUCAAGAUCUGGUUCCAGAACCGGCGCUACAAGACCAAACGUCGGCAGAUGGCCGCCGACCUGAUGGCGUCCACGCCGGCCGCCAAGAAGGUGGCCGUCAAGGUGCUGGUGCGCGACGACCAGAGACAGUACAGCCCCGGGGAGGUGCUGCGCCCCCCGCUGCUCUCCCUGCAGCCCUCCUACUACUACCCGUACGCGUACUGCCUUCCCGCGUGGACACUCUCGUGCACGGGGAACCCGUGAAAACGCAGCGGACUCUAUUUAUUUGCAGACUUUCUUUUUCUUCAUCCUCUCCUCCCUUUUUUUUUUUUUUUUUUUUGGUCGGGGACUAAGUACGGAACUUCAAAACAGACCCCCCCACCCCCUCCCAAAUAGGAGUGGAAGUCAAUGACGGGACCUAAUUGGACAUUUGCUGGUUUAUAUAUUUACAUCCUACCUCUGCAGUGAUUGACAGUUGUUGUAUUUGACUUUUCAUUCAGUUGUACGCUGCGUGUCCCCCCCCCCCAGACCUUUUACUUUUCUCGCUGUUUGCAAAGGUAAGAUAUUUCAGCACUUUUUUCUGUUGCAUUUACACGGAGUAAAAAUAAAAACAGCAUAUAUAUAUUUUUUUGUAAAGUUGGCAGUGAAAAGAAAUGCCUCUUUAAAGUGUAUUGUGUGCUUUUUGUUGUCAUUGGGAUGGUACAAAAAUAUUAAAACA